AUGGCAGAAUCAAAGACUGGGGACCCAGCGAACAGCCUGGCUCAGCUCCUAGAGAGCUGGGGACCAGGGACCAGCUGGACCCGAGGUGCUGGGCCCCGCCCGUCCUCGGAGUUCCGGGCCUUCGCGGCCGCUGCGCCCGCCCUCCUCCCCAGUGCGCCCCCCCACCUAGGCCGUGCGCCCUCCUUCCGCGAUGCGCCCCCAUCUCUGCGGCGCGGCGCGGCCCGGGGCGUCUGGGCGCAGACCCCUCCCCCAGCCCCGCCGCGGCCACGAGGUCCGCCAGGCUCCCCAGCCCAGCUCUGCGAACCCCGGCUCGGCGGCCUCCGGCGCCGUCUGCUAGCCCGCAGCCAAAAUAAACAGCCCAAAGCCACUUCCUUCCCCGGGGGGCAACUUUCACAACAACGGCCGGCUCCGGUCGUGGCAGGAAGUGGCCUUCUGGGCCAGGACAAUCCAACCUCACUGACUAGCCAGCGAAGGGCAGGAUCCAGGACCCGCGGCUGGAGCCGGGCCCAGCUCCGCAUUCGCCUCUGGAAGGGAGCGCGCCUCAUUAAAGCAUUCAGUUGCCGAGGAGCCCAAGUAGAAGAAAUAGGGAGUUUAGAGCCUGAGAAUUUUGAAAAAUUAAAGCCAGUUCAUGGGCUGAUUUUUCUUUUCAAGUGGCAGCAAGGAGAAGAACCAGCAGGCUCUGUGGUUCAGGACUCCAGACUUGACACGAUAUUUUUUGCCAAGCGGGUAAUUAAUAAUGCUUGUGCUACUCAAGCCAUAGUAAGUGUGUUAUUGAACUGUACCCAUCAAGAUGUCCAUUUAGGAGAGACAUUAUCAGGGUUUAAAGAAUUUUCACAAAGUUUUGAUGCAGCUAUGAAAGGUCUGGCACUGAGUAAUUCGGAUGUGAUUCGACAAGUACACAACAGUUUCGCCAGACAGCAGAUGUUUGAAUUUGAUGCAAAGACAUCAGCAAAAGAAGAUGCUUUUCACUUUGUCAGUUAUGUUCCUAGUAAUGGAAGACUGUAUGAAUUAGGUGGAUUAAGAGAAGGACCCACUGAUUUAGGUGCAUGUCAUCAAGAUGAUUGGAUCAGCGCAGUGAGGCCAGUCAUAGGAAAAAGGAUACAAAAGUACAGUGAAGGUGAAAUUCAAUUUAACUUAAUGGCCAUUGUGUCUGACAGAAAAAUGAUAUAUGAACAGAAGAUAGAAGAGUUACAAAGACAACUUGCUGAGGAGGAACCCAUGGAUACAGAUCAGGGUAAUAACAUGUUAAGUGCUAUUCAGUCAGAGGUUGCCAAAAAUCAGAUGCUUAUUGAAGAAGUACAGAAAUUAAAAAGAUGUAAGACUGAAAAUAUCAGAAGCAUAAUUAUCUGCCAUUCAUUAUGGAAUUCUUAAAGACUUUAGCAGAACACCAGCAGUUAAUACCACUAGUAGAAAAGGCAAAAGAAAAACAGAAUGCAAAGAAAGCACAGGAAACCAAACAAAGAAGAUGCUUUGG